GACUCAGCCACAGGAACAGCGCUAACAGGGUUGGCUACUGGUUGGACAGGUGAAGGCAUUACCGGUAUGAUAUGCAACAAAAGCGGAGAUUGCAGAAGGGACCCCAACAUUUUUGGGAGCCUGUCCUCCAUAAUAUUUUAGGCAGGAGAAGCAGACAGCAGGAAUAGUUGAACCCGACGACGGGAAAAGGCAGUCUAGAUGUAAUUCAAGAGUCGCCAGCAUGGACGGUUCUAUUACCUCAGCGGGGUCCUUAGCACAGGGGCAAGGGACCGAGGUGGCCAGGGCAACAACUACUGCCACUGUGAAAAAGGACCCCCGAGUUUCCUUCUCAAAUGUCCCUAGUAGAAAAGCAUCGUCCUCUGUGCAGAACCAACAGAAGAUGAAUUCUGUCUCAUGUUUUAAAUCUGAGGAUAUAUCCCAGGUUGUGACAGAUUAUGGGGAACCAAAUGACAAUCGGACAUACAUGCAGCGGCAAUUUAGUUCCAUGCUUCAGCCUGGAGUUAAUAAAUUUUCACUGCGUAUGUUUGGGAGCCAAAAAGCUGUUGAAAAGGAACAACAGCGCGUCAAAUCGGCCGGUAAUUGGAUUAUUCAUCCAUACAGCGAUUUCAGGUUCUACUGGGAUUUCACCAUGUUGAUGUUCAUGGUGGGCAACCUCAUCAUCAUCCCAGUGGGGAUCACCUUCUUCAAGGACGAGACUACCGCGCCCUGGAUCAUCUUCAACGUGGUCUCUGAUACCUUCUUCCUCAUGGACCUGGUCCUCAACUUCCGCACAGGCAUCGUUUUAGAGGACAACACUGAGAUCAUCCUGGACCCCAAGAAAAUCAAGAGGACGUACCUGAAGACCUGGUUUGUGGUGGACUUUAUCUCCUCCAUCCCGGUUGAUUAUAUCUUCUUGAUCGUGGAGAAGGGGAUCGACUCUGAGGUGUAUAAAACAGCCAGAGCCCUGAGGAUCGUGCGCUUUACCAAGAUCCUCAGUCUGCUGAGGCUGCUCAGGCUGUCCAGGCUAAUUCGCUAUGUCCACCAAUGGGAAGAGAUCUUCCAUAUGACCUAUGACCUGGCCAGUGCAGUGAUGCGUAUCUUCAACCUGAUUGGUAUGAUGUUGCUGCUGUGUCACUGGGAUGGCUGUUUGCAGUUCCUGGUUCCCAUGCUGCAGGAUUUCCCCCAGGACUGCUGGGUCUCCCUUAACAAGAUGGUGAAUGACUCGUGGAGCGAGCUGUACUCCUUUGCCCUGUUCAAAGCCAUGAGUCACAUGCUGUGUAUCGGUUAUGGGCGCCAAGCCCCAGAGAGCAUGUCUGAUAUCUGGUUGACCAUGCUCAGUAUGAUAGUGGGAGCCACCUGCUACGCCAUGUUUAUCGGCCACGCCACCGCCCUUAUCCAGUCCCUGGAUUCAUCCCGGCGCCAGUACCAGGAGAAGUACAAACAAGUGGAGCAGUACAUGUCUUUCCACAAACUGCCAGCUGACUUCCGACAGAAAAUCCAUGACUACUACGAGCACAGAUACCAGGGCAAGAUGUUUGAUGAGGAGAGCAUCCUGGAGGAGCUUAAUGAACCACUGCGGGAGGAAAUUGUCAACUUCAACUGCCGUAAGCUGGUGGCGUCCAUGCCCCUGUUUGCCAACACCGACCCCAACUUUGUGACGGCUAUGUUGACUAAGCUCCGCUUUGAGGUCUUCCAGCCUGGAGAUUACAUCAUCAGGGAGGGCACCAUCGGCAAGAAGAUGUACUUCACCCAACAUGGUGUGACCAGUGUCCUGACCAAAGGAACCAUGGGCAUGAAGCUCUCAGAUGGAUCCUAUUUUGGAGAGAUCUGUCUGUUGACCCGAGGCAGACGGACGGCCAGUGUGCGGGCGGACACGUACUGCCGUCUCUACUCCCUGUCUGUGGAUAACUUUAAUGAGGUGCUGGAGGAGUACCCCAUGAUGAGACGAGCCUUCGAGACUGUGGCCAUCGACCGACUGGACCGGAUAGGGAAGAAGAACUCGAUCCUAAUGCACAAGGUUCAGCAUGACCUCAAUUCGGGCGUCUUCAACAAUCAAGAGAACGAGAUGAUCCAGGAGAUUGUGAAAUAUGACCGUGAGAUGGUGCAGCAGGUGGACCUGCAUAGGCCACGUGCCAUGUCCAUGUCCAACCCACCCACACAUGGUGGCAUCUUCACCCCCCCUGGCCCUCCCCAGAGCUCAGCCAUCGCCACCCUCCAGCAGGCUGUGGCCAUGAGCUUCUGUCCCCCCAUGGUAGGCCCUCUGGCAGGGGGUGGGGGCCUGCAGUCCCCCCGGAUGGUGCGGAGGUUCAAGGUAAUGCAGAGUGUAUCCAGCCCAGUGCCAGCCUCCCCUCCCCCCCAGACCCAGCAGACCAUGCAUCCCCAGCUAUACGCCAGUGGUGCAUUCGUAGCGGCCCUCUCCAGCCCCCCCAUCCAGAGCCCCUUAGCGGCUGGGGGACGGACAUUCCAGUACGGGCCCUCUUCUGGCUCCCAGGUCUCCCUGGUUCAGCAAGUUGUGCCCAGCCCCACACACAGGCCCAACACCCAUAACAGCACCCGGUCUCUGCACAUGGGCAGUCUGGGUCAGAAUGCCAGGGCACUGUCCGCCUCUCAGCCCUCCCUGCCCCAGGGAGGGGCUCAGCCCGUGGCUCCCUGCCCAUCACAGUCCGCCCGUGUCUCCUCCACCUCCAUCGGGCCCCCUCAGGCCUCCUUGGGCAAUGCAGGGGUCAGGAGCACUAUGACUCAUAGGAUGGUGCUUCCUCACCAGAUGUCUGCGGGGGCGUUCCCUCUAGCCUCCCUCCCGGGGACUGUUACAUCGCUGGGGAUGGGCAUGGGGAUGGGCAUGGGCAUGGGAGUGGGCAUGGGGGCAGGCUUGGCACCAGCCCUGCUGGACUCAGGAUUACCCAAGAGUGAUUUUAUAGCCAGCCUCCCUGAGACAGACCGUGCCAGAUCGAGGCUCUCUUCCAAUUUGUGACCUUUAUUAGAUUCCUGCAGAGCCAGUGCUUUUUGGUUGUGGGAACUCUUGUCAUUUCUUCCUUCUACCCUAUAAUUCUCCCUGUCAGGCCGGGCUAAAUCUGACUUAAAAUGUAUGCUGUGUGAUUGGUGAUGACAGGGAGAGAGAGACAAGAGCUGAUGGAAAAUGUAUGACUAACAAUAUAAAGUCUGUAUACAGAGUUAUUGUCAAAGGUGGGAUGUUUCUACUCCAUCCACAGACAGAUACUGACCAUACGUAAU